AUGACACAAGAGGAAACAAAGAUGUCUUUACCAGAAGGUUACUCAUUUAGAAAAUUAAAGUCAACCGAUUACUCCAAUAACUACAUUGAAACAUUAAAAGUGCUAACAACAGUAGGAGAAGUCAGUCAAGGACAGUUUGACUCUUUAUUCUCCACUUGGUCCAAAAACCCGGACAUAUAUCAACCACAUGUCAUUGUCAAUUCUACGGGGACAAUCGUGGCUACAGGGAUGCUAUUUAUAGAAGCAAAACUUAUACAUGAAUGUGGCAAAGUUGGUCACAUUGAAGAUAUAUCAGUGGCUACCACUGAACAAGGAAAGAAAUUGGGUAAUUAUCUCGUUAGAUCGUUGAGUUUACUUGCUCAGAAAGCCGGCUGUUAUAAGGUCAUUUUGGACUGUUCUCCUCACAAUGUUGGAUUUUAUGAAAAAUGCGGCUACAAAAAUGAUGGAAUAGAAAUGGUACAACGGUUCUAG